AUGGCCGAGCUUCGGCGCGAAGGUAGGAAAUGGGACUGGGCGAAGCCGUCCGAGGAGGAGGUGCAUGCGAGGCUCGCCGACUGCGACGAACCCCUUCGAGAUAAAGUGCCCGACACCGUCCGGGACGGGGACGCGGGCUCCGGCCUGCUAGCAAUGAGCGCGUUGCUCUGGGCUGUGAGGCGGAAGGAUCGGUUGGCCGGCGCCCUCCGUCGCAGUGCCACCAGCAUGGACAAGGUCGCUGUUGCGGGGUUGAAGGGGCUGCGGACUGAGAUGGUAGCCUUCAUCAAGAAGCAGGUCGCGCUCAUACGGUCGGGCCGAAACGUAGUUGCGGCCGACGUCUGUGACGACGACGGCGAGGAGGUUCAGUCGGCGCCCCAAGCUGGCGGUGUCGCCCCUGCCGUCGCUGAUGCGCGUGGCACCUCGGUCGGGAAGCCGGGUAGCGGCGUCGACGAGGCCGAUGCGGCAGCAGGACAUGGGGUGGCCGGGACCGAGGAGAAGCACCGGGACGAGGUUGUUCAUGGGGAUGAUGAUGGGGUCCAGGGUCGUGAGGCGGAUCGCAGUUCGGGGAAGCAGUCGGGGAAGAGCGUGCUCGACAUGCUCAAGAAGCACUGGGCUGGGGUUCGAGCGGCCAGCACUGAUCAGGGUGGUGGGGGUCCCGCCGACGAGCAUGCCACUGAUGACGCACUGCCAAGGGCUCCGCCUUCGGUCGCCGAUAAGCCACCACGACAGGGUAGCGGUGAAGAAGGGCUGCGCGACAAGGAGAAGGCGGCCGCAAAAACGGCCCCAGCUGGCCAGGGCCCGAAGACAGGGGUCGCGGUGGCGUCAGCGGUUCCUCACCAGCCCCCAGCUGGUGCACGCCCUCCGACCGGACCGUCUGCCGGGCGACCUGCCGACGUCCCGCGCUCUGCCGACGUCCCGGCUGCCGACAAGGCUGGCCGCGCGGGGAAAGGGGCGGCAGUUGCGGACGCGCUCAAGGAGCAGCUCAGGCGCCUAGCCGGCCACAAGGCUGUUCAACAGCCCCCCGCUGCUGUCGACGCCCCAUCUGCCAGUGUCCCAAAGUCGCCGGUCGUCGCCGCCCGUGCUCCUGCAGACCCAAAGUCCGCGUUGCUGCGCGCCCAGCUGGGCGCACUAGCGUCGACUGCGCCAACUCAGCAGGCUUCUGCCUCCGGCGCUAAGACGUCGUCGGCAAAAGUCGCACCACCCACCCCUGUGGCAGCUGAGGUUGAGAAGGCGGCGGAGAAGGGCGUUCGUGCCGCCCUUGCCACCGGCGGCGGCCCCGUCGAGCAGGCGCCCCCCGAUGCUGAUAUCGCUGCCAUACAGGCCCACCUGGAUGCUGCCAAUCCCCGACCGCUGGCCAUCUCCGACACGGCACAUGUGGAGCCUUCGGCGGGUCUCGUCGGCAGUCCAGCAGAGCCGACGCGGGCUCACAGAGGAAGACGCGGGAGAAGAUGGGUCGGCGAGAUUAAGGUGCACGGCAUCAAUCGAUACAUCGGCAAGUCGCGUGAGAAGAUGGAGCUCGCGUACGUGCACUCCAUCGCGUUCGUCGUCUACGACGGUUUCGUGAGCAAGGUGCUCAUGAACGAGCUCACCGUCCUGGACAGCGCCGAGUUGGAGAGGUGGAAGGAGGUGUGGGAGGAGGUCAGGAUCUUGCCGACCGGGAUGUGGACGGUGAUGUGGGCCCGGGGAACGCUCCUUCCAAAGACACGGCUGAAUGAGAUCCUCGACAAGUAUCGACAUUACAAGACCACUGGCGAUGCGCUGCACGCCGCGCUCCUGCCAGCGAUAUGGUACCCAGUCGAUCCCGACACCGAGGAAGGCCGAGAGAAGUCGGCGUCCAUGCUGUCCGCGUUGAUUGGCCGCGUGUCAAUGUGCGCUGCGUAUGGGAAGACCGCUGCGACAGCGGCGAGAAAGGAGGGAGACAGCGACGAGAAGACGGAUAUGGCGGCAUGGGCGUUAGGAGCAUCCGCAUGCGCUGUGUGGUGCUUCGUCGAGAACGGCGAUGCCCAGGUGGAGGAUGCUGUGGAAGAAGGGAAGGCGGCGGCGCUUGUGGGCGGAGCGAGCCAGGCGACCGCCGAUGUAUUCGGCAAAGUCAUGGAGGCGGUGCUGAACGCCGAGAUCAACAGGGACCGCCCCCUGGGAGAGGUUGCUUACAACGUCGCGCCAGCACUCAAGAGGACCGCCCUUGACAUGGCCUAUCCGGGGGUGGAUGCCGGAGUCGAUGCCGACGUGAUCGCAAGAGCGACGGUCGAGACGAUGGCGUUCUGGGGAAUGUGCCCCGUCGCCGGGCCGAAACUCAAAGCGAGGGGCAUCGCGGUGCCGAUUGACGCGCAGAUGAAGGCCGAUAUCGACAACAGGGGGAGAAAGGGUCAGAGGGGCAAGAAGGCGACGAAGGCCAAGGGCGGCACGGAGAAGAAGGGGACGAAGGGCCAGAAGGCGAAGGAGUCGGCGUAG